AUGGUGAACUUCUCUGCAGAACGCUUCUCCCCGAAGCGCCUCUCGCCUCAGCGCAUCAAGGCCAAGAUCGAGCCUCAGCUGCACCUGCAAGUCCCUAUGGAGAAGGGAAUUUAUCAAGACUCUCGCUGGUCUAACCCAGAUCUCGACCCGAUCAAACCUGAGGAUCGUACUUGGGGUGCUUUGGACUAUUGGGCGUAUUGGACCAGUGAUAUGCUUGCGCCCCCCCUGGCAUCCACAGUGUCGUCCGUCAUGAGCUUGGGUUUUACCGCUCGCGAGACGAUUCCGAUCGUCUUCUGUGGCUUUGCCUUGUGCUCUGGAGCGUUGACGCUCACCGGAAAGAUGGGUGCCCGAUACAGCAUCCCCUUCCCCGUGCUGGUCCGCUCCAUUUUCGGAAUGUAUGGAAGUUAUCCAGUCAUCGUUCUCCGGUCAUUCGUGGCUGCCAUGUGGACCGCAAUUCUGUGUGUCCAAGCCGGUGACUUUCUCAACAACUGUCUCACGGCGAUCUGGCCGAGCUUCGCCAACUUCCCGAAUCAUUUACCAGAAAGCGCCGGCAUCACGUCGGCCGGACUCCUUUGCUUUUUCAUUUACUGGAUCUUCCAAACCAUCUUAGCUUGUAUGCCCAUCAAGAAGCUUCGCAUCCUCUUCCUGAUCAAGGGCAUCGUUGUGCCACCGACAUUCCUCGCGCUGUUCUUGUGGGCCGCGAUUGUCACCAAGGGAGGCGGGCCGCUGGUGACUGGACACGCCAAGAUCACUUCGACAUACAUGAACACGGCAUAUUCUGCUCUGACGGGCCUGAAUGCCAUCAUCGGCCUCUUCAGCUCCAUGGCGGUCAACUUCCCAGAUUUCAGUCGGUUCUCCAAGAACAACCUGGCGGGAUACAACCAAUUCUUUGCAUUGCCCGUCAUUGGAACGCUGGGAGCCUUGACCCCCAUCUUCGUCACCUCAGCUCACAGCUAUCUGUGGGGAGAAUUCCAGUGGUAUAUGCCAGCUGUCAUUGCCAAGUUCGACUCCCGUGCCGCCAAGUUCUUCACCGCAUUCAGCUUCAUGUUGGCAACAAUUGGGAAUCAAAUCGCUGCUGGCACAUAUCCCUUUUCCAACGAUAUCUCGGGUCUCUGCCCCAAGUACAUCAACAUUUUCCGCGCCACUUUGAUCAUCUCUGUCUUUUGUGUGGUGUCGAACCCAUGGCAGAUCAUCAGAAACGCGUCUGGCUUGCUGGCCUUCUUGUCCGGGUACAGCAUGUUCAUGGGGGCUAUUUGCGGCACCAUGUGCAGCCACUACUACCUCAUCGUGAACAAGAAGCUCAACAUCCAUGAGAUGUACAAUGGCCAUGGUAUCUACCGAUACUCCAAAGUCGGCAUCAACUGGAGGGCUUAUGCGUCGUUCUUCACGGCGGUAGCUCCUCUGUUGCCGGGAUUUUGCAAGAGUAUCGACACCAACCUCGACGUCGGAGGUGCCUGGAAGAUCUACACGUUCUCCUGCAUCUACGGCUUCACCGUUUCUGGCCUCGUUUACUACCUCAUCUGCACAUACGUCUCGGGCGUAGGUGCGGCGAAGAUUGACGAGGCAGUUUAUCCGCCAUCGAAGUCGCAGGCCACAGACAUCGAAGUUGGAGUUGCUCCAUCCGAAGAAGAUUCCAUCGAGGAGAAGGCCGGUAUUGCGGUGUCUAUCGGAGCAAAGGGAUUUGGUCCUCAGUAG